GACCCAUCACUAUGGCCGGUGAUACCAGCGCUGCCAUCGUACGGGCGCGGCAGGGAGAUGCCCGGGCCGCGCUACAGCAGUCUGCUGCACUGCCACAACCUCACAGACGUCGUCAUCACCGGUGCGUGUGUGCGCGUGCAGCACACGGCUGUAGCGCAGCCUGAUCACCGCGUGCUACAGCUCACCGCGUGCUACGGCUCACCGCGUGCUACAGCUCACCGCGUGCUACAGCUCACUGUGUGCUACAGCUCUCCGCGUGCUACAGCAGUCUGCUGCACUACCAUAACCUCACCGACGUCGUUAUCACCGGUGCGUGCGUGUGUGCCCCCGUGCAUGUGCGACCACGGGGUGAUCGACGGGGGAGGGGCAGCGUGGUGGGAGAGGAAGCGCGGGGGGGUGCUGCAGCACUCGAGGGGGGCGGUGGUGGAGGCGCUGUGGAGCUCUGCUGUCACCGUCGCCAAUGUCACUCUCGCUAAUGCCCCUGCCUGGGCACUGCACCCCGUCUACUGCACUCACGUGCAGGUGUUCAACGUGACUAUCACCGCGCCUCCUGACUCACCCAACACCAUCGGGAUUGUCAUCGACUCCAGUGAGGAUGUGCUUAUAGAGGGCGUGACAGUGACCACAGGGGGGGGCGGCAUCAGCAUAAAGAGCGGGUGGGACGAGUACGGGCUGGCGUUCGCCCGCCCCUCCCACACCGUCACCAUCCAGCACUCCCACAUCCAGACGCCGCUCGCCGCCGCCCUCUCCAUCGGCAGCGAGAUGUCGGGCGGCGUGCACUCGCUUCGCUGUCGCCACCUGUCAGUCUCCCACUCGCGCGCUGCCUUCCACCUGCGCACCGCGCCCGGGCGGGGAGGGUACAUCCGAGACGUGCUUGUGGAGAACGUGACUAUGCUGAAUGUGACUGUAGCACUCGCAUUCCUCCCCACGUGCCGCAGCCACCCAGAUGACCGCUUUGACCCGUCGGCACUGCCGCGCGUGGCCAACAUCUCCUUUGCUUCCAUCUCCGGCUCUCUCAUCUCCCAAGCCGGUAGCCUCAUCGGCCUGCCUGCAGCCCCCUUUAAAGGUGUCUCGUUAUCGGAUAUUAACCUGCAGCUGGUGGAGGGUGGGAAGGGCUUUAAGUGCCAGGAUGUGGAAGGGCGUGCGCGGAAUGUGUCCCCUGCAAUCUGCCCCGAGUUGUCCCCUUCAGAAGCUGACCCACUAAAGUGUAGAGGAUGUUCUUCUGUCAGGGAGCUUCAUCAACGGUAA